AUGUCGCGGCGGCGGAGUAAUGAACUUUUGGUUCUAGGCCACAACAAGCCAGUCCGGAUGGGGAACUACGCGGACUUCGUCCGAGAAGCAGUGGUGCUCUUUGUGGCAGUGGCCGAGGAAGAUGCCUGGGCUUGGGAUGUGCAGUGCAGUUUGGUGGCCAACGGUUGCGCCCAUGGCACUCAUGGCACUCAUGGCACUGCCGGCGCGAUCGUGCCAACACUCCAGGUCCCUGUGCCGUUAGCCAAGGCUGUCUCUGGCUCCUGCUGCCCGCACAGCUCGACACUUCCAGAAUGGUCGCACCGCAGCUCCAAUUACGGCACAUCACAAAAUGUGGAGGGCCAGCCUGGGGAGUCGGAGAGAUGA